CAUACUAGGUUGGUAAGCGGUAGCGGAGGCCUUAGCCGGUGCUAACUUCCACUUGCGUUUCAAACUGCGUUUCCAACUGCAGCACCGACAGCGGGUAUGUCCGCAUCCACAUCCAGUGGCGCUUCAGCACCGGUGAGCGUGCUGGAUGUGGCAGCGUGGACGGCCAUGGUCCCGCAGGAUGUGCUGGCGUUGUGUGCUGAGGUGGACAACGAGAAGGCUAUUACCAUGAAGGACCCGGUCCUUAUUUUAGAGUUAAACGAGCAAGCUCUUAACGCGCGGCAGCUGGCUGUUCCAGCCGGAGUCGUCGUCAGCAAGACCGCCGUCGCGGGGAUUAUCGGGGCGCACAUGCAGGAGGUGCAGGACGUUACGUUCGGUGGGCCCAGCCGCCUGGUCUUCCGGGGCACUGCGAAAGAUUACCAGGCCGCACAGAACGCCCUGUGCUUCACGCACUGGACGCGCCCGGCUCGGGCCGUUGGCCUACCGCCGAACCUGCCUGACAUUGGCAAGGCCUAUGGCGCCGUGUCGGCCUCGGAGGUCGUUGCGCUGGCGGCGCCCUUCAACGCGUAGGUGUGCCUGAUGAUAAGGGCCUGGCGGCGGCGACGGUGGUGGCGGUGGCACAGGGCCCUGCGGCGGCGCAGGGCCUGGUGACUGCGGCGGCGCAGGACCUGGCGGCCACGCAGGGCCUGGGCCCAGCCGUUGCGGCAUGCCUGUGCGUAGUAAAGGGGGCAUGCAAGGCCACGUGGAGGAGGAGAGCGCGGCGCCGCCCGAGAAGCGGCCCGGUCCGCAGGUUGCGACCUGCCGGUGUCAGGCUUGCGGUCUGUGCUACCGAGCAUAGCGUGGCGCGGGGGGGGGGGAAGGAUGUGUUACUGUAUGGUUUGUUGCCUAACGUGCUUGUGCUUGAUAGCGGGACGCGGCUGGGCACAUGGUGGGCGGUGCCUUACGAACCGACCCCAACUACGUAUGUAUGAAUGUCGAUUGGUGGGGCAUGCAGCAGCUGUUUGUUGGGCAUUGAUCUGCAUACCUAGCUCCGGCAAGCUAUGUGCUGAUGGCGUGUGUGUGUGUGGGGCGGGUCUUGUCAAGGUUGAUGAACCGUACACCCGCUGAUGCGCUUGCAUGCGUGCGCAUGGUCGUCCGGCUACGUCUGGUGCGCGAAAAUGGUGCAUGUACGUAGGAAGGUGCAGGCUGGGGGCAGAUUGAACUGGGCCAGAUAGGGCCAGAGGGUACGAUAUGUCGUACUGUAGGCAGGGACAGAUGGCAGGGUGGCGGCUCAAUCAAAUGAGCAAGGUCUUACCACAUUUGUAAGGCUGUCCCGGU